GCCCUUAGACGACUGGCUGGGUAGCUUCUGUGAAGGGAACGUAGAGUGAAUGGGAAAGUGAAUCACACUGCCUUCGUGCCGUGCCGCCGUCCCUCGUCGCGACUUAUAACAAUGGAAUGGGCACUUUGGUUGGUUCGUACCUCCCCUUCUGUCUUGCUCUUAUUUUCGUACCCCGAGCGCCUUCCUCCCUUUGUUGUAAGUACCUUGCGAGUACUGGUGGGGCAGGAGAACCUCUUGGGUGUGGACGCCUUCACUCAAUCCGAAGAUGGAGCAAACAACAGCUGGUUGAUAAUGCCAACAAAUCUUUGGCUGGAUCGUAUGAAGCGAAAAUCGAAUCCGUGUUGUCGGAUGACUGGCAACACAGGCCGGUUAUUCAAGGCUCGAGCUGAGGUAUGUAAGUCUCAGGGUUGGAGGUUGGCAACUUGUAAGGUGAAGGGUUUGAGGUGAGGUGCUGUCAGCUGAAAGCGG